AUGCCUGUCACCGUCAUCAACUCAAAUGAUCAACUCAAGGCGUUCCUAAAGAAGAACAAGAAAGUCGUGGUCGCGAUCGCGUCGCCCGGUCUUGCGCACUGCGAUGGUAUGAAAGGUGAAAUCGAGACACUCUCCAUAAAGUACCCAGACAUUGUUUUCGUCUCGGUCGACGGCGGUGAAUUCCCCCCUAAGAUCGGGGAGGCCAACAACUAUUUGGUCCCUUGGGUCACGAUGUACGAGAAGGAGGAGAAGUUCGGGGAUUGGACAUUUAUCGACAAGGUCAGCCUCGCCGAGAAGAUUGAGGCGUUUGCCAACGCUCAGCCUCUGACAUCGGCGGAGCCAUUGCGGGAAUCUGGCUCUGAAUGA